AUGCUGAAAUCAAAUAACUGCUUAUUUUCUUUGGAAAAUUGGUUUUUUGAAAAACCAGGUGAAGUUGAAAACUAUCCAGACAAUGAAAAGUCACUGGAUUGGUUUCUCCCUCCUGCUCCACUGAUUUCAGAAAUUCCAGACACUCAGGAAUUAGAGGAAGAAAUAGAAAGUCAUGAACUAUUACGUCAAGAACAGAGACCAAAAAUGUUAACACCAAAUUUAAAGAUAACUAAAGAAGACACAAAUUAUAUUUCACCAACACAAAAAAUCCAAUUUGCCUUCCCUUCUAAUAAAUAUGAAAAAGAUGAUCUAAAUUUAGGAGGGGUAGUUAACAAUGACUUAUCACAUGUUGCUGACAAGCCGACAUACAGUUCUUGUCAGAAACAUAAAAAUCACUUUGGCAGUGAGAUAGCACCUGAGCAAAAUGUUCCUGAUGAUACAAAAUUAGUUAAUUUUGCAGAAGACAAAGGAGAGAGCAUAUCAGCAUUCCGGAAAAGAUUAUUUAAAAUAUGUGAUGAUAUACAUGGAAGUGCUUAUUCCAAUGACAGUGCAAACUUGGAGUCUCACGUUGGUUCAGUGAAAAUCGUUCAAACAGAAAUGAACAAAGGGAAAUCAAGGAACUAUAGCAAUAGUAAACAGAAACCUCAAUAUUCUGCAAAUGUGUUUAUAGCAAAUGAUGCUUUUUCUGCUUCUGAAGUUGGAGAAACCAUAUUCAAAGCACCAUCUUUUUCAGUUUCUCUCCAGCCUCAUGACAUUCAAGGGGUCACAGAAAAUGGUUUAGGUUCCUUGAAGGCUGUCACAGAAAUUCCGGCAAAAUUUCGAAGUAUUUUCAAAGAAUUCCCAUAUUUCAACUAUAUACAGUCCAAAGCCUUUGAUGAUAUAGUGGCACCAAUAAAAGCCCUGUGUAGUCAGCGUUUUGAUGACUGGAAAGAGAAAUUUGGACCAAUAGGACUGAAUUGUAAAGAACUCACUGGAGAUACAGUAAUGGAUGAUCUAUUUGAGAUUCAGCAUGCUCAUAUUAUUAUGACAACUCCAGAAAAAUGGGAUAGCAUGACUAGGAAAUGGAGAGAUAGCUCUUUGGUCCAGCUGGUUCGACUAUUUCUCAUUGAUGAGGUACAUGUUGUGAAAGACGAAAAUCGUGGUCCAACUCUUGAAGUUGUAGUCAGCAGAAUGAAAACUGUACAAUCUGUAUCUCAGUCUUUAAAAAAUAUUAGCACUAUUAUUCCAAUGAGAUUUGUAGCUGUAUCUGCAACAAUUCCAAAUGCUGAGGAUAUUGCAGAAUGGCUUUCAGAUGGUGAAAGACCUGCUGUUUGUCUGAAAAUGGAUGAAAGCCAUAGACCAGUGAAACUUCGGAAAGUGGUCCUUGGAUUUCCCUGCAGUAGUAACCAGACUGAAUUUAAGUUCGAUUUAACCCUGAACUACAAAAUUGCCAGUGUUAUACAAAUGUACUCUGAUCAGAAACCAACACUCGUGUUUUGUGCAACAAGGAAAGGUGUACAACAAGCUGCUUCUGUUCUUGUGGAAUAUGCUAAAUUUAUUAUGACUGUGGAACAGAAACAGAGGUAUAGUUUUUCAUUUUCUCAUGAAAUUACUACCAGUACUUUAGCUAUGGGAGUAAAUUUGCCUGCUCACCUAGUAGUUAUCAAAUCUACAAUGCAUUACGCUGGAGGAAUGUUUGAAGAGUACAGUGAAGCAGAUAUUCUACAGAUGAUUGGUAGAGCUGGUCGACCUCAAUUUGACACUACAGCAACUGCAGUUAUUAUGACUCGAUUAAGUACAAAAGAGAAGUACAUUCAAAUGUUAGCUUGUAGUGACACUGUAGAAAGCAGUUUGCACAGACAUCUCAUUGAACAUUUAAAUGCAGAGAUAGUUUUGCAUACCAUCACAGAUGUGAACAUUGCUUUGGAAUGGAUACGAUCAACCUUGCUUUAUAUCAGAGCCUUGAAAAAUCCAUCUCAUUAUGGUUUUGCAUCUGGAUUGAACAAAGAUGGAAUUGAAGCAAAAUUACAAGAAUUAUGUUUGAAGAAUCUGAAUGAUUUAUCAUCCCUGGACUUAAUAAAGAUGGAUGAAGAUGUUAAUUUCAAACCAACUGAGGCAGGAAGAUUGAUGGCUUGGUAUUAUAUUACAUUUGAGACAGUGAAGAAAUUUUGUACACUCAAUGGAAAGGAAACUUUAUCAGAUCUGGUCACAAUGAUAGCAAGCUGCAAGGAAUUUCUAGAUAUACAGUUAAGAAUAAAUGAAAAGAAAACACUGAAUACUUUGAACAAAGAUCCAAAUCGAGUAACUAUCAGAUUUCCAAUGGAAGGAAGAAUUAAAACAAGAGAAAUGAAAGUAAAUUGUCUUAUUCAGGCUCAACUAGGAUGCAUUCCCAUACAAGAUUUUGCUUUGACACAAGAUACCUCAAAGAUUUUCAGAAAUGGCUCACGAAUUACAAGAUGGUUGUCAGAUUUUGUGGCUGCUCAAGAAAAGAAGUUUACUGUACUAUUGAAUAGUUUGAUUUUAGCUAAAUGUUUUAGGUGUAAACUUUGGGAAAACUCUCUGCAUGUAUCCAAACAGCUGGAAAAAAUUGGUAUAACUUUGUCAAAUGCAAUGGUAAAUGCUGGUUUGAUUUCCUUUAAAAAAAUAGAAGAAACAGAUGCAAGGGAACUUGAACUGAUUCUAAAUAGACAUCCCCCUUUUGGAACCCAGAUAAAAGAAACCGUGAUGUUUCUACCAAAAUAUAAACUUGAAGUGGAACAGAUUGCAAGAUAUAAUGAUACCAUAGCGGAAAUAUUAGUGACCAUUAUAUUAAGAAACUUUGAACAGCUACAAACUAAAAGAACAGCACCGGAUUCUCACUACGUUACCUUAAUCAUAGGUGAUGCAGAUAAUCAAGUAGUUUAUUUUAAGCACAAAAUUAUGUAAGUGUGAAAUUUCUAAUGUUUGGAUUUUAUUUCUAAGCAUAUACUAUAAAAAAAUUCCACUGAAAAAAAGAGUAACAAAAUCACUGUGGGAUCAAUUAAAUUAUUUGGACUUGAUAUUCAGCAGAAAUUUACAGUCUUUUACUUAGGACCCAAGAGGUUUGGAAAUCAAAUAAUUAUGCGAAGAAAAUCAGAAACAGAGAUUUCCCAUUCUGAAUAUUCAGACAGAUCUACUGUAGCAGGACCCAAUAAAGGUAAAAUUGGAGUUGCACAAAAAUCAGAAAUUAAAGAGCCAAAAAUUUCUUCAUAUUUAUCUGAUUUAAGAAACAGGAAUGCUGUUUCAGCUCUUCCUCCAGUUAAACGUCUGAAGAUACAGAUGAAUAAAUCUCAAAGUGUGGACCUUAAAGAGUUUGGUUUUACUCCAAAAGCUUCCCUUCCAAAAAUAUCAAGGUACAAAUACAAUAUAGGACUUGGAAACACUUUGGGUUCAACUACCAGGGGAAGUAAGCUACCCCUACAAGAAUCAAAGAGCAAAUUCCAAGGAGAAACAUCAAACAGGACUGCACCAGACAGGGGAGGAGCUGGUCUGGGCUACCUCUGGAGGCAGUUAGGAGUCAGGAAGCUGGUAUCUGGCACCCAGCGGGUCCUGAACGGGGAGAUGAUUACUGAGUAG